AUGGAUCUCAAGCACAGUCACUCCGUGAAGCUGAAUGAUGGAUGCUGCAUGCCAGUGCUUGGAUUUGGCACUUACGCUGCUCAAGAUACUCCCAAGAGCAAGGCUGCUGAAGCCACCAGAGUGGCUAUUGACGUAGGUUUCCGUCACAUCGAUGCAGCGUACUUGUAUCAGAAUGAGGAGGAGGUCGGAGAGGCCAUUCGCGAGAAGAUCGCUGACGGUACCGUGAAGAGAGAGGACAUCUUCUACACCACCAAGCUUUGGGCUACUUUCUUUCGACCAGAAUUGGUUCGACCAGCCCUGGAAAGGUCACUGAAGAAGCUUGGAUUGGACUAUGUAGAUCUCUUCAUUAUUCACGUACCAUUUGCUAUGAAGCCCGGGGAGGAAAUGUUGCCAGAGGAUGCCAGUGGGGAAGUUAUUUUAGAAACUGUGGACCUUCGCGACACCUGGGAGGCCCUGGAGAAAUGUAAAGAUGCAGGUUUAACCAAGUCCAUUGGGGUGUCCAAUUUCAACCACAAGCAGCUGGAACUGAUCCUGAACAAGCCGGGGCUCAAGUACAAGCCCGUCUGCAACCAGGUGGAAAGUCACCCUUACCUCAACCAGAGCAAACUGCUGGCAUUCUGCAAGUCCAAGGACAUUGUUCUAGUUGCCUACAGCACCCUGGGAUCCCACAGAGACCCCAAAUGGGUGGAUAAGGACAGCCCACAUCUCUUAGAGGACCCAGUCUUGAAAGCCAUCGCCAAGAAACACGGUCGAAGCCCAGGCCAGGUUGUUCUGUGCUUCCAGCUGCAGCGGGGGGUGGUGGCCCUGGCCAAGAGCUUCAAUGAGAAGAGAAUCAAAGAGAAUUUCCAGGUUUUUGACUUUGAAUUGACUCCAGAAGACAUGAAAGCCAUCGAGGGCCUCAACAGAAAUUUCCGAUAUAUUACGUUUCAAUUUGCGACUAGUCACCCUUACUAUCCAUUUUCUGAGGAAUACUGACCAUGAGUUAUUCAACAUGACUACCAGCAUUUCCUCUGUUUAGGUGGCGUGGAGAGGAUUUCUGUAUUUGCCGGAGGAGAACGGAAAGCAGUGUUUAUAAUUCCAAGUUGUUUUCCUCUCAUUUUUUUCAUGUUAUGGAAUAAUAAAAACCUUUUAAAAAUG